GCACUAAAGCACUAGCUGACAAACAAGGAACGGGUUAGUCUGUAUUCGUCACAUAUCUGUGUGCUUGGGCCUUAAAAGUAAAAAAAAAAAAAGAUCCACAAAUCUUGUUUUAGGAAAAGGUGGCAGACAGACAAGAGGCAAUGCCGCCUAUUUAAACAGCUACAGAAGGGACUGUUAGAGAAAAUGGAUGGUUUUGCAUGAAAUAAUUUUUAUUAGGUUGUGGGCAUUAGGAUGGAUUUUCCAACCAAAAAGUAUGAACGCGGGAGCAACUGGUCCGAGCCGGAGGUGGUGGAGCUUUUACAGCUCUGGUCAGAUCAAGCGGUCCAACUGGAGCUGGAGAGCUGCCUGCGCAACCAGCACGUUUUUAACCGCAUUGCCGUUGCGCUGCAUGAGCGGGGCAUCUACCGCACCGCGGAUCAGUGCAGGGAGAAGAUCAAGAAGCUGAAGCUCGAUUACCGGCGCAUGAAGGAGAACCAACAGACGCCGCGCGGCGCAAGAGCGCGCAGGUUUUACGACGUGAUAGAUCGCGUGCUGAGCAGCCGUACCGCCGCCUCUUCCUCCUCCUCCUCAUCAUACUCGACUCUAUGGGGGAAUGCUGGUUUAAACCACCAGGCGGGCCCGGGCUCCUCCAGCUCCGCCUUCACAUUUAGCUGUCCGCCCAAAGCUGGCGAGCUCAUGGAGAUCAAGCUAGAGGAGCUGAACGCAGACGGUGAGGAAGAGCUGCUGAGUGCUGAAGAUCCGCUGUGCUCAGAGGAAGAAGCGGAGGCAGACUGUAAAUCAGCCGGAGUGGACAUUGAGGAUCCCGGAGAACAAGGAGGAGAGUGUGCGGCUCACACAGGGUGGUCUCCUUCAGGUUUUAGUGACCAUAAUGUGGCUGGAUUAUCCGGUGCAGCUGUCUCUCCAGUAGCAGUUCCUGUGUCCAGUGUAGAUAGGUGCAUCCAGGCUGACCUGAAAGAUCCUAAAUAUUCCAGUAGGUUCCGUCAGAGGAAGCGACGCCGGCCAGUUCGAGCAGGCAGUAGUGGGAGAUUACUAGAGAAAACACUUGCAAGUUUCAUAAAUUGGCAGCGAGUCAUGGAGGAGAGAUACAUAUCUCUGGAGGAAAUGAGGCUGCAUCAGGAUGCACAGGCUGAGACACAGAGAGAGCGUCAGGAAGAGAGACGAGUUCAACAGGAAAGAGAGCAUGAGCUGCGUCUCGUUUCCUUACUCUCAGGAGCCUUUCAUCCAACCAGAGGGACAGCAGAGCCAAGAAGCAGCAACACAGAAACCUCUGCCCCCAGUGCAACAGUGUCAGAGCUGACUUUGCUCUCUGUGCCUCAUCCUUUUCCACCCAAUCCCCUCAUACUCCCCACUGUGCCUAGAAUGCUGCAGGAAGAUCACGUUGUUGAUCAGGGAAGGAGCAACACAAUGAUUCUUGACUCCAGUGCAAUCGUGUCUGUGACUCCCCAGUCUCCGUUUGUAACCAGCAUGCUGAAGGAUAACCAUAGAACUGAUGAGGAAAACACCAGCACCAUAACCUCUGACUGCAGUACAACCGCAUCUGACAUAUCAACUUUCUCCGUGCCUCUUAGCUCUUCAGGUCCAGGUCCUAGCCCUUCCAUGCUCCCAUUUGUACCUAGCAUGCUGCGGGGUGAUCAGACACCCCAGCACAGCAAGUUUUUGUCACGCAGGGGUAACAGGAUCCGACAGCACCAAGGAAUUCUGCAGGAAGGCUACACACAGUACUAUGCCAACAAGCAUGAUGAAAACAGUAACCCUGAUGGCAUUAUAAAUUUGGGAACAAGUGAGAACAAGUUAUGUUUUGACCUUCUGCAAAAACGGUUGACACAACCUGACAUGCUCUAUGUGGAUUCUUGCCUGCUGCAGUACUCAGACUGGAGGGGACAUCACUUCCUAAGAGAGGAAGUAGCAAAGUUCCUGUCAGAACACUGUCACGCACCGAGGACUCUGAGAGCCGACAACGUGGUUGUGACAAAUGGCUGUGGCUCUCUUUUUUCUGCGAUAGCAGCUGUGCUUUGCGAUCCUGAUGAUGCAAUCCUCAUCCCAACUCCUUUUUACGGUGUGAUCACCGAAGACGUUGAUUUGUACAGCAGUGUGAAGCUUUACUGUGUUCCUCUUGACAGUGAGCCCAGGCAAAAUGAUGACAGGCCGUUUCACCUCACUGCUGAAAAACUGGAGCUUGCUCUCCAGAAAGCAAAGAAAGAGGAAGUGAAUGUAAAAGCUGUCAUCCUGGUGAACCCCCACAAUCCUCUGGCAGAGAUCUACACCUCUGAAGAGAUGAUCAGCUUUCUAGACUGUGCCAAGAGGCAUGAGCUGCAUGUUAUUGUGGAUGAGAUCUACAUGCUGUCUGUGUUUGAUGGCCCCUUUAACAGCGUCCUCAGUCUACAGAGGUUGCCAGACCCACAGAGGACUCAUGUGAUGUGGGGUAUUAGCAAGGACUUUGCCAUGGCUGGCAUGCGUUUGGGUACAUUAUACUCCGAGAACAGUGAUUUAAUUGAAGCCCUUAUUCAGCUGGGAUGUUUUCAUGGAGUUGCAGGACCAACACAGCACCAGGUGUCUCAGCUGCUAAAGGAUCGAGAUUGGAUGAAUAAGGUGUUUCUCCCUGAGAACAGACGCAGGCUGCAGGAGGCUCACCAGUACAUGUCCACUCAGCUAACAAGGCUGAGCAUUCCUUACCUCCACAGGGGUGCAGGCUUCUUUAUCUGGGCUGACUUCAGCAAGUAUCUAAAGGAGCGCACAUUUGCAGAGGAGCUGCGUGUAUGGAGGUGUUUUCUGAAACACCGGGUGUUGCUGAGCUGUGGUCAGGCCUUUAGCUGUUCUUCACCAGGAUGGUUCCGUAUCGUCUUUUCUGACCAGCGCCACCGCCUCCAACUUGGCUUAGAAAGAAUCAAAGAGGCUAUAGAGGAUCUUCAGAGCUUCAGCUGCAUGACUGACUAUGAGAACAUAAAAGCAGUCAAACAAAAUGAUGACAGACACACACAGACAAAUCGCAAGACGGAGGACGAAAACAACAAAGACAGUUGCAAAAAUACAACAAUCAAGGUCUUCAAUACAACCAAAGUGCAUGUAGAAAGCAAUGGUGCUGCGACUGAAAGCUUGUUAUUGGCUGAUGAGGAUGUUCAGGUUAACAGCUACCAAACAGUUGCUAACUCAGAGAGUUUGGACUCUUUAAUAGGAGCACUGCGACAGCAGAUCCACUCCUCUGAUUGGCUCGAGAAGAACAGGCCGAAACUGGCUGAUGGAGAAGACCCGACACAAACUGAGUUAAUGCAGUUGAAAGGGAAGGAAAAUGGAUGACGUUUUUGUUUUCAAGUAUGGUUGAUGACGUAGUGAGCAGUGGGCUGUUCUUUCCUCCGUAGGCUACACCAUGACAUCAGAGCAACCCCUCUUCCGCCUCUGCAGUUUAAAAAAAGUGAGAAAGUAGAGAGAGCCGUAUGUACAUAGGCUUUAUUGCAACUUUGAAGCUUGUUUUUAUUGGUUUAACAUGUCUUUAUUGGUUUAAUGCAACACUGUACAUAUCUAUAAAUGCACAUAUUAUCAGUAUAUUUUACAAAAUGCAUAUGUGACAAUCAAAAAAACAAACAAACAACAAAAAAAAAACAUAUUUCAGUGUUAUGCCCACACAUUUCUUAUUAACGUUUAGCUAUAUACUGUUGUGGAAGUGUUGUUUCGAGAGAUGUAAAGUAUAAAGUAUCACAAUGAUAGGCAUGGGCAAGAGUAAAAAGGUUUCAUAAUUUGUGUGUUGUUGGGCAACAGGUCCCAACACUCCUCGUGUAGCAUGAGAGAGGAAGGGCCUCGAUCAUUUGUUACACUGAGUUUUUAUAAACAUGAUUCAAACACAGAAUCUGAAGAAAGGAAUUCAAAGGAAAUCAUCUACCAUUGGCUAGAUGGACAACGCCUGAUCAUCUUACCCUUACCAAGGUCUGCUUAGACCAAACCAGUCAAGUUCUACAACUUCUAGUACUGCACACAGAAGGUCAGAACUCUUCACAAAGAGCUCCUUAGUAAAAAUUUACAUCACAAUACCCACCAUUUUGAACAAACUCAAAAAAAUACAUUUUAUAAAACUUAGACACUCUUCCUCAAUACAAAUGCAAGUUUCUCAAGAGCAAAACGUUUUUGGCCGAUGUCCAAGGAGGGAGCAACUAAUAUUCUUCUAAUAUAUGGCAAUUAAGUAUCUAGCUUGUAAGAAACAUAGGUCUAUUAAUUUCUGUUAUUUGUUUGUAAGAGUACAGUCGUCUGGAUAAAAGCUUAUUAUACAGAGCUUAGCGCGUAGUGGAGUUGAGAAUGCCCACUCUUUAGAUGCACUUUCAUGUGUACUGUAAUAUCGAUAAUAUAAAAAUUCAUUUCACUUUGAAACCACAAAUGGGACUGUGUGAGAUGGGCUUCUUGGGGAAUUUGGCGAUCCCCUGUAUGUUUGUGUUUUGUGACAGGGGGAGUUUCCACCAGCUGGAGGUUGGGUCCCAACUGUAGGCUGAGGGAAAUCUGUACAGUGUAAGGGGGAAGUAUGUGUGUGUAAUGGGUGGGUGUGUAUAUUUUCUGUUUCACUCUCCGCCUCUUUGGUAUUUUGGUUUGAGCGUUCACAAGUGUGACAUCUUGAACUCACUCUCUCUCUCGCUCACUGUCAUUCUGGCUCACUGUCAUUCUGGCUCUCUUUCAACUCAAGGUAGGACAAAUAUCUAAAUGUCUUUUUGUUAAUUAAAAAGAGAAUUUGUAAUAUUUGAUGCUAUCUUUACACUCGGCUGCUAUGAUUACAGUCUUAGACUAGAACUUGAUCUUAUCUUUCCUUAUCUUUACUUAAUUGUGUGAAAUAUUAAUCAAACAACCAUAUAUUAACUUAUACAUUGUUACGAGUGUUUCUCCUUGGUUUUGACUCAUAAUUUCUCUAAAUGUCUCCAUUAUGAAGAAUGAAAGGACCGGAGCUUGUAGAUUUGACAAGUCGCUUUCGAUUCGCUGAAUCCUGUUUGGGUUUAAUGGGCUGCAUAUUCAUCAGUUAUGCUGUUUGUAUGCCUGAUUGGUUGGAUGGAAAAGGACUGUGGUCCAGGGGAAAUGAGUCCAGUCCAGAUGACAGCCAGACACAAGGACACAUAAUCCAAGGUCUAGGGCCUCAAAAUGUGUUUGCUGGCCUUUCUUUCCUCAUGGCUGUAAGCUCUGGAAUUCUGUGUCUCUUGUUUGCAUUCUGCUGGACAUCCAAGACUGCGCUCUCCUAUUCCAACACCCGCUCACUGCUGAUGGCAGGCCAGGCACUUUACCCCACCACACUGCUGCUCAUCACACUGCUACCGACAGGGUUUUUUUUUCUCCUAAGCUGGGCGCUCUUCACCAGUCAACAUAUUACUGAUAUCCGAGAUGACCCGACAAGCCUGGGCUCUUCCUAUUGGCUAGGUGUGUUGGGCUGGGCUCUGCUGUUAGCUGUUCUGCCAGUGGUGUUCCUGGUGGAGCAGUGUGUGGUACCUGACAUACUGCCUGAGCUGAAGAUGAAGACUGAGUUGUGGCGGAGAGGAUUUGUGGUGGCACACACACGCUCGUUCAGUGACAGCUACCAGCAUCAUACGAAACACUUUAAGCCUGAGUACAAGAGAUACAUGUCAAUGCCCUGAGGGAAACAGCAUCAUCAAAAAUCACUGCUGUUUAAAAAAUCAAAUCACUGUUCAACCAGUGAAAGGCUGGGUAUGUGUCCAGAACCAGGCAACUAAGAAUAUUGGGCCCUUUUCACACAGGAAGACGCCUGAGGAUUCACUAAACCACGAGUUACAUUACAAGGAUUUUUUUGUUCUGGAAGCUCAGGAGGCUGUCGCUGAGUUACUGAUGAUAUACUGCCAGAUAUAAUAGCCUGAAGAACAAAAUAAACUCAUAUUUCUUUGGAAACAGACAUUAUAACACUUAUUAUGCAUAUUCAGACCUACAGAUUACUAAUUAUGCACUACUUUAACUUGGAAAAAAUAUUUUAAAGGGAAAAACAACAUGAAACAAGGUAAACUUGUUUAUUUUGAUAUGUUUGAUUUGAUUAGUGAUUCAGGUGCUAAUUUGCUAUAUUUUCAUUGUGACGGUGUGGAGUUUUUUCAUUGUGUGCUGUGAUGUUAUCACAGGAAGAUAUUGCAAAAACAAUGGCAUUUAAUAAAGAAAACCAAUCCAACAAUCACAGUCCCAUAUGACAAUGGUGAGGUUUUGAUGUUGCUAAGAAAAAGAAACAAAAACACACAAAAAACAGCAAAAGCUUCUUUUCUCACUCACCAUAUCCCACUGAUGACAAAUCCAUUGUAGAAGUAACAGAUACAGCAAACAUUAGACCCAGAGAUUUAACAUCCACCAACCAUCCACCCGUCACUGUAGUUACUGAAUAAUUUCAUUUAACGUAGAUCAGUGACUAGUUAGCAUGGGACAUUAAGAUUUCAUUUAAAAUUUAAUGGGAAAGUUUGUAGUUUUUACCAUUGUCCAAAUCUUAGUAGCUUGAUCGACAUGAAUGAUUUCAGAUGAUAUGUUUGUGGAAUUUCAUACCAGUGCCAAAUGAUUUGGGUCACUAGCACCCUCAUAUGGUUGGCCUAUGUUACAGCAUGGCACAACAUUUCAGAUUAGAAAGAAAAGGGUGUAAAAAUGUAAAUUGUUAAAAGAUGCAGUAAUCAAAUGUUUUAAAUCAAUUCAUGAUUUUCUGUUGAAAUUUAGUUUUUGUUAAAGACAAUACAAUUACAAAAAUGGUUUAGUAAUUAUAUGUACACAAAAGAAAUAAAAAAUGUCCCUUGUAUUAAGCUUA